AUGGCGGCGCAACCGCAAGGCACCAGAGCCAAGGGCAAGAAACGGGCGGCCCCUAUGCCUGCAACAGGAAACCAGGCGCCCAGGCCUGCUAGGAGGAGAAGAAACAUAACAGCAGCCGCUGGCUCCAGCGAUGCCCUCGCCAUGUCAUCUGGUAGCCAAGACGGCCCCUCGUUGGCGGACAAUGCUAGCAGUACCCAAAGCGUACCAUCAGUAGCGGACAUGUUUGCUGAAAUGAAAACCAUGAUGUCAACCAUGGUUACCCUUAUAGCAGGACAGCAUAACGUCCGCAAUGACGGCCCAAACGUCGGCGUUGGAGGGGGCAUUAAUGCAGUGGCGCAACCCCACGGGAGUGUUGUUACGAUGCAGCCAGGUCAUGGACUCAGCUCAACUAUCCAUCCGUACAACCCAAUACAGUCGUCACAUUCGGUACAGCCGGCUUCCAAUUUGGGCGACCCCACAGCAGCCAGCCCGUCGAUGAAUCUACAUGUGCAACAACCUGGAAACAUGGAACAUUGUAACGCUACUGCAAUUCACCUUAACGGGCCCCUUCUGGGGCAGGUAACAGGUCAAUGCGGCACGCCAGUUGGCCCCAUGGUUGGACCAAGACCCGUCACUGCUUCCGGAAGAUAUAUCCCCCAGGGGGUUGCUGAUUCCUUGAACGUGUUGGUAGGAGGGGUGCUGAGCGAGUCAGCAAAGCAAAGUUACAAUAGAGCCUGGACAAUAUAUCUAAAUUUUUGUACAUACGUGUUACACUGUGAUUGUUCUUUGCCAUUAUCGGUCUCUGAUUGUACCUUGUUUGUAGCUUAUCUAUAUUCUAAGAAUUAUGCGCCAGCAACUAUAGCGAGCUACCUGUCGGCCGUCUGCUUCACUAUGAAGUGGCAUGGGUAUCCAGACCCUUCUUCAUCCUUUCUAGUCAAGAAACUGCUGGGCGCUGCCCAGAAUUUGAAGGGGAGUUCCGACAUUCGUCUCCCUAUAACAAAACCUAUUCUGGUCAGGUUGCUCGCUGCAGUUCCUCGGGUAUUCCCCCUUAGGUACCAACAACUUUUAGUGCGCGCCAUGUUUUCUACCGCUUUCCAUGCAUGCCUUAGGAUCGGGGAAAUGGUACCUAAAACCUGUAACCCGUUAUAUAGUUCCACUUGUAUUCAGCUGGGCGAUGUCACCGUUGCACGGGGCGAGGCCACCAUUUCCGUUUUGAGGUUCAAGUCCAGCAGGACUCAAGGACCGCAGUUUAUACACCUCGCUUCAGGUUCAGCACCCUGCCCUAUUGCAGCAUUAACAGAUUAUUUGUCACUUAGGGGGACUACUCCAGGGCCUCUCUUUUUGGCUCCGUCCGGUGCACCCCUCCUCAGGAGGGACUUUGACCGCAUGUUGAAACUUGUAUUGGCUUUCUGCGGCCUGGACUCGAGUAGGUUUAAAGGCCAUUCAUUUCGGAUCGGUGCUAGUAGCGAAGCAGCACGGCAAGGCAAGUCAGACACUCAAAUACGUCUGCUAGGUCGAUGGUCUUCUGACGCCUUUCGUAAAUACAUUCGUAUUAACUGA